AUGAAGAGAGCUGCUUCAAAGGAUAAAGAAAAGGACAAAGGCGAAAAAGAAAAGGAUGAGAGUGUUGAAGAUGAGGGACCAGCAUGCCAGUCCUGCCGAAAGAAGAAAGCCAAAUGCUCACGAGAGCAACCAUGCUCCCAUUGUGCCCGCAUGAAUAUCGAAUGCCAGUAUGAUGAGUCGCGUUCACGACCGGGAGUAAAAGCCGGUGUGAUCGAGUCGUUAAGUCAACGCCUUGAUACCUUAGAAAAGAUGUUCAUUGGUCAAACUCUCGUAACGCGCCAACUUCUUUCUGCAAUUCGAGAGCUCAAUCCAAAUCUUGGACCUAAAUCACCUGGGAAUCUUGCCCAGUUGUCUGACUGCGGGUCUCCUUCAAAGCCAUUGGACUUACUUACUGCUGAAAUAUCUGGUCUAAAAAGAGAAUUGUUACAAGCGUCAUCUCCUGCGACUUCAGGUAGUGGUGUUUCUGCAAAAAGACAACGUUUGAACAACCACCACGAUGUCUCCCCUCGAUCGUAUCAACAACCAACAUCGGAUCCAGAGCUUAGCCAACAGCGGAGACCAACAAUUGUUGAUCUCCUUGACUGUGAAGAUUCUUCACUCCCACCUGCUGAUCUGGUUGAUAUACUGGUGCACCUGUAUUUUGAUUUGAUCCAUCCAUGGAUUCCAAUCCUGCACAAAACUUCCUUUUUGCGGCGUCUUGAGUCGGUAACCACGCGACCGGCACUCUCCACGAUCCUCCAUGCCAUCGUGGCGGCAACGGUCCGGUUCUCGGCAGAUAAGCGGCUGGAGCGAAAAGAGGUCAGGGAUCGAUAUUUUAGGAUUUCGAGACAGACAGUGAUUUUGAAAAGUAUGGAAAUGUUUUCCGUUGAGAAUUUACAAGCACUUGUAAUUAUAGCUUUUGAUACUAUUGGCUCAGGAAGAGGUCCAAAAUCAUGGGCCAUAGUGGAUUCCAUGACAAGAACGGUCGAGCAUCUACAACUCAGUUUCGAGGAUGAUGCAGAAGGAAAUACAGGAAAUGGCUCAGCGCAUCGAUUGAUAAAUAGGAUGAACUUCCUCGGACCCUCAAAAACCUGGACCGAGGGUGAAGAACGAAGGAGGGUAUUCUGGAACGUUUUUCUUCUCGAUAGAUUUUGUUCAGUCGCGACUGGAUGGAAUACCUCCCUCACAAGCGCUGAUGUACGCCGACGUCUUCCCUGCGAAGGCGCCAUAUGGGAAGCAGAAAAGCCUGUUCGAACUCGUUAUUUCGGUAUAUCAGAUAACUCCGGCACACAAAACAUACGACGACAAAACGGAGGGGCGCCACUUAUAAGUGACCCCUUUCCUAGUGACUCGGCUAAUAACUCUAAUGGAUUCUAUUCCGACGAAGUAGUCAAUCUUGGCGGGUUUUCUUACUGCAUUGAAGCUACUGAGUUACUUAGUCAAGUCACUAGGUUCUUUCUACAGCAGGCAGUAGAUCUAAAAUCUCCUGAGGAGGUACAGCAGUGGCUGAUGCGCUUCAAGGAAUUGGAUCUAAGGUUGGUUAGAUGGAAGUUGUUUUUACCUCCACAGUGGAGAGAGGCAACUGUCGUGAAUGGAAAGAUGGAUCCCAAUCUCACAUUGGCACACAUUACCCAUAACACUUCUGUCAUUUUAUUGCACCAGGGAAUUGCCUACCCAUCCAUUCAGUGGCAAACACUUUCCAUAAAGUUGCCAUCAUCGAGCUCAGCAGAUACCUGUUUAUCUGCUGCUGUUGAGAUUACAACCAUUACGCAACAGUACUUGAUUCACAACACUGGGCUUACAAACCCCCAGUUUGCAUUUUGUUUAUUUGUCUCUGGCCGAGUGCUAUUAGCACAUGCUUCAUUCUACAACACUGAGCUCCGACCUGAAUUCGUCACUCUAGUCAAAGCGCUGUUCGACAUCUCCAAACGCUGGCGAGGUCUCUACGCAGACCAUGACAAUGCCUACAACCUUCCAGCGGGCUUUGCUCAACGCCUCCUUCAAGCACAAGCACAAAGUGAUCCUAAAAACACACUGUUCAGCGAUUCUACUGCUACAGGAUCAGUCGACAUUUCUAAACCAGCAUACUCUGAUCAUUUUGACUCAGACGAGUUCCUUCAAAUGACAGGUAAAGGUAUGAAUGGAAAGAAUGGGCAGCAUAUGGAGCCGGAACCACUAGAACUUGCAAGUCCACCCAUGCCAUUAUCUUUCCAGGCGCCUGCGAGCCAUGUGGGCAACGUCAAUUAUCCCUACGGCGAUAGUCUCGAACACCAACAAGAUGAACAUCAACAUUUUGAUAAUGGGUAUAAUGGGGUUAUUGAUCACUCAGACGGAGGUAUCUUCACGGUAGAGCAGCUGGCAGAGUUCUCAAACCUAUUUUCAGAUCCGCAGUUCGCCGGAUUUGACCGAGUUCUUACGUAUGGCGGCGGGAUGUAA